GGAUGAAAGGAGGAAUACAAAUCCUCAGAGGAAAGCCAAAAUAGAAAGAACUUCAACGAUAUAGAGCUUCAUCUAGAUAUUGAUAUAGAAUUCGAUUGUUAUUUGUAUUAUAUACACACUUGUAAAGUUGCCUUGCACGCAUAUACGUAGGGGAAAGAAAUAGGCUUAAUGAGAGUGCACACCUAUCAUGAGCACACUAUCUGCCACUCGAGCGUUUUACUAGGUGGGCUUCUUCACGCGCACUUGGGUUACUCUAUUUUGUUUACGACACCGAUUUGGUGCGCGCAUUUAGGUCGACGAUGGCGUAAGACGGAGAAGGGGUCUUCUCGAAAGGGGUGGUUUCUUUUCCUUCUACUUCUUUGGUGGCUAGUGGAGGUUCCCCGUCUUUACCUAGGCCUGCACGCAAAUCCACGGAUGUUGGUUGGGAAGUUGGGUGGAUUUCUUUUCCUCUCUGUCGUCCCUCAAGUCGUCGUUUUCUGUUUGUAUAUUUCUCUGUUCCCACAUGUGAACGACUUAGAGCUUAGUAUCUGUGUGGUUCAACUAAUUCUGCUCUCUUUGGAGAUUAUCACAGCGUUUCGCUUACUCAUUCGACUGAUGCGUUACAACACGGUAGAUUACUAUAUUCAUUUUUGGAAUCCUUCCUACUAUUGA